AUGUUUCUAAUUGAAUUUCAUAUACUAGAUUAUUUUUUGAAAAGACAUAUCAGUAUAUGUUUUUAUAGAUUAAAAAUACUGACUGAUAAAGAACGACAAUCAAGCUUUAAACCAUGUGUGCAAAAGUUAGAAUUAAACGGUUAUCAUAGUUUUCCAUCUCAUUUAACUACUGUGCUGCAAUCUAAGAUAUGUUUUGGUUAUAGUUAUUAUGUCGAACGUGCUAUAAAAUGGAAGUGUGACAAUUCUAUGGAUGGUUUAACAACAAAUGGUGUCAUGAUGUUACGGAUUCCUCCAGCUAAAAUUAUUGAACAAACAAAUGAAGCUUCAGAUCGUGAUUCUAAUAUUCGAUCACAAUGGCGUGAAGUUAGUGUAUGUGGUUCUGUAUAUGAAAUGCGAAGUAAUCGUUGCGUACCAACUAAUUUGGUUAAAGAAGAUAAUAUUCUCACUGAUAUGACAAUCAUAGAUCUAUGCGGAGUAACUUUAUUAUGGCGAUCUAGAUCAGGAUUAAAAUAUACAGCUUGUCCAGAGGAUUUAAUGAAAAUGAUCAAUGGAUUGAAUCAAGCUCAUAUUCAAUGUCCUGUCCUAUAUCGUACAUUGAAACUUCCACUUUUACCUCAAAGUACACAUUUUUCACCUCAUUCUGACGUAGUUAAUAUGGAAAAUAACAAUGGGAUAUUAAAUAACGACAAUGCACUAUCUAAACUAGAAUCAGAUCAAAUUAGUCCUGAUCAAAUGCCUUAUGUGUAUGUAAGCUGUGGUCAUGUACACGGUUGGCAUAAUUGGCGUGCAGUUGGUGAUGUAAAUAGUCGUCGAACAUGUCCAUUAUGUUUACAAGCAUCAUUGUUUAUCCCAUUACGUAUGGGCAUUGAAUCAGCAUUCUAUGUUGAUCGCAGUUUAGCUACGCAUUGUUUUAAUCCUUGUGGACAUAUUGCUUCAGAAAAUACUGUACGAUACUGGUGUAGUUUACAAUUAUUAAAUCGAUAUAAUUUUGAAUUACACGCAAGAUGCCCAUUUUGUUUGACACAAAUACAUUCAAAACCAGUGAAAUUAUUAUUUCAAAGUGAUUUAUCAGAAGAAGAAUUUUUGGAAUUAAUUAAAGAACAAUUAUACGUGCGUACAUUAAAUAUGGAAAAAUACGAAACAUUAUCACGUUCUAUCCAUAAAAUAAAUAAUAGAUCAUCAAAAACUAAUUCAUCACAAUCCCAUUCCAUUUCUAAUAAUAACAGUAAUCAAGAAUCUGUUCAUUCAUCUUCGUCUUCCCCUCCUCAUCCUCAUCUUACAUCUUCUUCCUACAACCAUGAUGAUCGUCUUCAUUCUUCAUCGUGUUCAUCAUCUGAUGAAGUAUUAUUAUCUUCUACAUCAUCAUUAUCACAAAUUAUAUCAUCAUCACCAACUACCUCUUAUUUAUUAAAUAAUAUUCAUUCAUCAAAUAAUCCUUGUCGAUCGGCAGCAGUAGUAGUAGCAUCACAAGAAAAUUCUAAUUCUUUACAAUUAAAUGAAAAUCAUUCAAUCAAUCAUGAUAAUCUUAAUGUUCCACAUUCAAACUAUACACCUUGUUUAUAG